CCAAGAAGAAGAGCACAAACGGGAGUCGAUUUUUUCACGCCAUCAGUGUCGGGUGCGACGGGUCGUCGAUUCUUUCGAAUUUUGUUCCUGUUUGGUCUGAAGGAUCCGGUCGAAAAUAGUGUCAAAAUGUGCAUAAUCGCGCCGGGCAGUCGAAUUGAUAGUUUGUGACGCGAAUCGUUCGUGAUUUGGUGGCGAAAAUAUCGAUGGAAAUUUCGGUCGUUUGCAUGUUCGAGCAUUUUUUCCAUGUCGUUUGAAAGUGGAGCAGCACGACGACGACGACGGUAGUGAAGGAAGAAGUCGCGGUAAAGACGUGUGUGUGUGCGCGAGUCAGUGGGAAGUUGACAUUGCGUCACUUGUAUGAGUGUGGAAGUUUGAGUUUUGGAAUGAUGACAAACGGAAGAACAAAGCGGAAAGUGACGCGCUUUUACGGCGAAAAUAAUUGAAUUUUGGGAGAAUAACGCUUUAAAUCCGAUGAAUUCCAGUUAAUAAUAGGAGAACAGAUUGUCUUACAUCGAUGAAACUAAAAGUGAUCUUGAAUUAAGUGAAUAAAGCGAAGAAAUAUAAAUCACAGUGAAGUAGUCGACUCAUCGAUGAAAAUUACCGUGGCUACGAAUGGUGCGCAGUGAAUUCAUUUUAUUUUUUACUGAAGUUACGUGGAAGGAUAAAUUUUAAAUCUAAACAAUGGCUUAUUAUCAAAUUGUACCGACGGAUGAAUUGAAAAAUCUGUAUCCUCAUUUGGAUCUCCAGAAUGGGGGAAUUCAGGUGGUGAUGGGCGACGAUGUUCAGUUCGGAUCUCAGCCAGUAAUUCUGUCACAGGACCAGCAAGAGCUGCUGCUGAAUGAUGCAAAUCAGCAUCAACUGCCGCAAAUAGUGUACCAACAGGCUUCAGCUCAGCAGCCUCAGCCGCAACAAUCUCAGCAGCCACCGCCCCAGCAACAGCAGCAACAACAGCACGAAACGCACUAUGUAAUCCAACAGGAAGACGGUGCACUCACAGAUGCCUUCGGGCAGCCAGCAAAUCAACCACAGCACAUCUACUAUUCCGAGGUACCCAAUGAUGGGUCGCAAAUGAUUCAAACCAAUUUGGUUCACGAACCCCCCCAACAAACAACUUUGCAUACGAUGCAAACGGCAGCAGAACAAUUGCAGCAACAGCAGCAGCAACAACAACAGCAGCAACAACAGCAACAUCAGGUUUUGCAAGUUGUCCAUGGUAUCCCUCGACAACAAAUAAUCCUACGUCAACAACGUCAAGACCUGACGAAACCUCCACAACCUCAGCAAAUAGCUGUCCAACAAACCCAGCAGCACAUUCUGGCCCAUCAGCCUUCAACGCAAGUUAUCCUACAACAUCCCCAAGGGCACCAGAUAGUCCAUCGUCCACAGCAACAACCUCAGCAUCAAAUCAUCUACGAGCAUGUGCAACCCCAAGGGCACCCAGUGCAACAAAGCAUACAACUAACGCCGCAGUUGCUACAUCAGUCUCAACAACAACAACAACAACAGGCACCGACUCAACGCGUUAGUAUUCAAAAAUUAACCCCACAACAGCACCAACAGUAUCUUCAACAACAGAUGCACCAGCAACAGCAGCAAAUACCCCAGCAACAGGUAAUACAGCAGUCGCCCCAGAUGAUGCAGCAGCCACCGCCGGGAGCCACGCCAUGUUUAAUCAUAACGAAACCUCAGCUUUCACAGGCGCCACCACAGUCUACGACCGUGGCCAUUCCGCAGCAGUCUCAGCCUCAAGCACCACCGCAAAACAUUGCUCGAGUACGCAACUACAAACCUCGCGUCACCAAGGCUCCCGCUCCUCGGCCUCGCCCUGCGCUACCUGUUACGAGCAGCGCCCCGGGACAGGCUCAAAUUCGGCCUCCCCGUCCCUCGACAGCGAAAAUCGCACCGACUCCGGUGGUCCGGCCACCUGCACCCGGUGUAAUGCAGCAACAACCCCCUCUUCAGCAGCAGCAAACUACAUCAGUUCCCCAACGUACGAAUAUUAUUCUUACCGGUCAGAAAAUCGUAACUCUCACCCGACCUCCUCAUCUCGUUCCGACCUCUUAUGCAGCCGCGAAGACACAACCCAUAAAGCGAGUAGUUUCCUUGCCAAAUUCCAUUCCGACACCUCAGCUGGUUCCAGUGUCUCAACCCCAACAGCCAGUCGAAAAUCAAUCUCAACCGCAGCAGCAGCAGCCGCAACAACAACCACAACAACCAACUCAACAACAAUCAACAUCUCCGCAGAAAGCACCCGGUGGUACGUACUCUAACGAUCUGGAAGACCUCGAGGACAGCAUCCAGGCGGCUGUUGUUGCCAAAGCUCCACCAAACGCUAGCCCUCAAUCAACUACGGUCGAGCAAUCUCCCACCUAUCAGCAAACCAAUCAACAACAGCAACAGGAAAUACAACAACCGCAGCAAAUCCCUCAACAACAACCUCAACAGCUCCCACAACAGCCUCAGCCUCAACCGCAACCGCAGCAACAACAACCCCAACAUCUCUUCGACGAUUCCAGCAGCAUCAUUCAGCUGGGCAACGGCCAGACCAUGACAGCCGCCCAGUUCCGCUCUUUCCAGGAAAAGCAGCAACUCCGCCAACAGGAAAAUCUUCGCGGAGGAUUCACCCAACGGGGACGCGGCAUCAUGGCCGCCCGUGGCAUGGUCAUACGGAAAACGGUGCCCCUCAACCGCCAGCAAAUGGCCCUUCAGCAGCAGCAGCAAAACGCCCAGAUGCAAAUAUCGCAGCAGCAUCAUCUGCUACAACAGCAGCAGCAACAACAAAUGGUCCAACAGCAGCAACAGGCAGCGCCUCCGCCGCCACCCCAGCCGGCGGAACCGGAACCAAGAGAAAGCGCCAAAAUGUUGGUCAUCCUGCAGAGCGGCGAACAGCGCCUAAUCACCUUUACGCUCCCGAAGGAAAGCUGCACCGUGCAGGAACUAUUGGAACAGGUUGGAGUGCAGUUCUCGCCGGAAAGCAACAUUCAGUGCAUUUCGAACCCGGGCGGAGACAUCGACUACAUUGUGACGGUGGGCGUUACCAUGCAAGAAACCAGUGAAUAUCUGAAGGCAGCAGAGAAUACGAUCAAGAGUCAACAGCAGCAGCAACAACAACAACAGCAACAGUUGCAACAGCAACAACAGCAGCACCAUGUGAUGGCUCAGCAGCAAAUGAUGCAGCAGCAACAACAACAACAACAACAACAACUGCACCAACAACCGCAAAUGCAUCAUCCAUCUCCGAUGGCUGUUCCUCAGCCGCCGCAGUCACAACAUCAGCAACAGUUGCCCCAAACCCCAUCCCACCAUCAACCUAAUCGCUUCAAUGAUUCAUUCCGGGCCACGAUGACCCCAGCGACGCCAGUUCAACACCUUCAAACGCCGCAGCUUACCGUGACCAAAGAAACCCCAAAAUCUGUUGCUGAUCAAUCGGACUCCAAGAAGGAACCGCCGGUAAAAAUCGUCAAUGGAUUCCUAGCUGUGUGUCAUGGGUGCGGAUAUACCGGAAUCGAUCACGCCAAAUGUCAACGCUGCAAACGGCUGUUUACGGAACCACCUCGAAGGGUUCCUGAGCCGGAUAAACCGAUGAUUUCGCCCCAUCCACCUCCGUUGGUUCCGACGGCGUCUUCGACACCGCUCCACGGCAAGAUGAUGUUCUCGACCGAUAAACCAGGCGUACCAGGCAGCGGCGAACGGGAUUCUAUCGUAGGAGUGAAAGGCGUAACGCUGACAAAGAAACCUUCGGGAUCAUCUUUGGGCAACAUGCUGUCGAUUCGGGGCAUGGCUAGAGGAGGUGCUUCCGGUGGAAGAGGUGGUCGAGGACGUGGAAGGAGUGCUUCUUCCAAAUACCAGGAUGUGGAACCAGUCGUUUUUACGUUGAGCAGUGAUGAUGAGGAUCAUGAAUCCGGUGAUAAAUCCAAAAAUGGAAGCAAAGUGGUACCGGUUCCAGAACAAAAGGCACAGCCAUCGAUCGUUACUGACAAACUGCGAGAGCCACUGAAGUGUGAACCGAUAAUCAAAGAAACCGAUAAAAUAGAAGAUUUGAUUCGUUUUGAUGUGACCGACAUUAAAAACAUGCCGGAUGGUUUGAUUACCAAUUUGGAAUGCCGUACUAUUCGCAUCGGGUCCUUGAAGUACGAUACUACAGAUAAGGUGGUAGUGUCUUCCCGUGGCGUUCGCAUCAUUGCACCAAACGUAAAGCGAACGAACGAGAAAUGCAUCUUGGAUUUACAGCUGGAUGAGAUCGUCAAGGCGGUGGUGCACUUCUCAAAAGCACUUAACGUUGUAUUUCUGUACACUCUGCCCUCCUGCGGCGCGUUUAUCCGCGAAAGCCUUGAAAUGGGCCUUCCGGAAGAUAAACUUCCUUAUUUCAAUCCCAUUAGUCGCCUGGAUGAUACCCAUCGACGAAUCGCUUUAGUGAUGGACCGUAUAACGGAAGAGUCGAAAUCAAUCGUAAAGAGCAUUAUUUUGACUGACAAACUUGAGGAAAUCUCUGCUCGUGAUGCUAAUGAUUUGCUGAUGCGAUCAUGUGGCAGCAAUAAAGGAUCUGAAAAUAAUUCUAACAACACCGCUAGUGGAAACUCUGGCGAUGUUACGGAAAUUAGGAAAAUUCUUAUCUAUCCGCAAGGCAAAGGCGGUAUUUCCAUCAACACCGAAGAUUAUAUGUGUUUGGCGAUAGAUCAAUACCUGAAUGAUGUUAUCAUUGACUUUUAUCUGAAUUAUUUGAAAUUGGAGCUGCUGAAGGAUGAGGAACGUCGAAGAAUACACAUCUUCAGUACAUUCUUCUAUAAGCGACUGACAACGUUAGGGACGCGCCAUCGCGGACAAGACAAGGACCAGAAGCUCACGGCUGCCCAGAAGCGGCAUGCACGUGUGGCCAGUUGGACCAAGAAGGAGAACAUUUUCGAAAAGGACUUCAUCAUUAUUCCCAUCAACGAGCAGUCUCAUUGGUUCCUGGCCAUCAUUUGCUUCCCCAGUCAGGACAUGCCGCUUUCGAUGAAUAGCAACACUCCCACGCCUAUCAAACGGAAAAAAGCCACUCCGAAGAGCAAAAACAUCAGCUUGCAAAUUGGAAACACCACGAUCACGCCGGUUUCGAAACGGGAAAUGGAAGCCAUCAAUCUCGGAGACGACGAGAGCGAACGGGAUGAAGCCGAGGGUGAUGACAGCGAGCUGGCUAGCGAUGCAGAGGAAACAGACGAAGAGCCUACCGAUAGCAAACAGCCUAUCAAACAGCCAAUCAUUCUAAUUUUUGAUUCUUUGACUGGUGCGUCUCGGAGUCGUGUGGUAGCUACGCUGAGGGAUUACCUAACAUGCGAGUACAAAAGCAAGAUGCCGAACAAACCGCCAAAAAUAUUCAACAAAACAAAUAUGCCGGGCCAUUGCGUCAAAGUGCCGCAGCAAAACAAUUUCACUGACUGUGGGCUGUAUCUGCUGCAGUACGUCGAGCACUUUUUCUUGGAUCCUAUCAGAGAUUAUCGCACCCCUAUCAAAUUGCACGACUGGUUCGAUACUCUCAUUGUGACCAAGAAGCGAGAGGACAUCUCGAAUCUGCUCAAAGAGCUGAUACAGAAACACAACCCUGACGUUUUGCCCUUGCCGGACAUCAAGUUCCCAACUUUGAAUGGUAAACUUAUCAUCGACCCUGAUGAAAACUUCAAUGAUGCCGAAUUCGAAGAGGAGGAAAUGGAAGACGAAGAAUUUGUCGCCGGAAGUCAGGAAUCGUCGACCAGCGUCGAACGCCUGAUCGAGGAAGAACCAAGUAGGGUGAUACCUAUACAGACGAAGAAAACCAUCAAGCUGAAACGGUUAAACUCGGCGGGGACAGUGACAGGAGCACUAGCCAAUUCGACGGCAACCGGAAACAGUGGGCAAUCGCUGCUCGCAUCGUCACAGAAGCGACCCCUAGAAGGAAUCAAAACCGGUGCAGACUGUAGCAUAAGGCCAAAGGCGGCAAAACUUAGUGAUAGCCCAAAUAAAGUAGUAACUACCCAAAAUUGAAAGAGUUUCGGGCCAACGUCUAUGUAAGAUAUGAAAGUGUUAGAAAUCUUAAUCUAUCCCACUCACCUAAAACGCAUAAGGAUUAAAGCAGGUCUACGAAUCACAACUAUUGAGUAAGAUCGUACAAUUGUAUAGAGGAAACUCUUUUGGGAAUAACUGAUGGCGAUUUGUUCCUAGACGCAUGGUCAUUUUUAUUUGAAACAUCAGACAUUUAGGAAUGCUACGAGAGGAGAACUCUUGCGCAUGUGAACACGUUUUUAGUGUUCAAAAUGCCCUGAGCGAAGUGAUCAGUGUCACCUUGUAAUUAGCUAGAUGUGUAUUUUGAAAGUUUUUUUUUUAUAACCGGAAAUACAAUUCUGAAUCGAACAGUUGAAAUUUGAAUCUUUUUCAUGUACACCGAACCGAUGUGACUUCAGUGGAAGGUCAUUGACCUUAUCUUUCCCAUGUAUAAAUCUAAUCCGAAGCUUGUUUAUCUUCUACGGCUGUUCUAGACUGUUAGUCGCCAAAAAAAUAAACAAAACGGCAUAACCUCAAAUCGGGGAAUCAAACAGACAUAACCUAACAUUUUAGUGCGGGUAGUUUCUACUAGGGGUCACUAAAGCUGACAGAUAGAUUCUAGGUUAGGUGCACCAUGUAUUGAAAUAAAAGGAGUAACAUAACCUGACUUGUAAUUUCACAUAUACAUGGCAUGUAUAUCUUGACCGAGUGUCUACGCCGAAAGGGUAAACAUUGAUCCAUUUUUUUCGUUACAUGGGAUUUUAGUAACAUAAUCUUCACUUAGGUCAGUGAAACUAUAAUAAACAUAAACACUUCUACAGCCAGAAUCAUAAUUUAGAAUUAGUACUAGACAUUACUCUAUCAGAAUAAAACUAUGCUGUGACUGAAAUAAUUAUUACGAAAUGAAAUAAAAUUAUUGUUCUACGGUGCA